GACUGCACUUACUGACUGUAUGACAUUUGAUUCAAUAUUGUUGUCCUUUUACCUUGAGACGUUCCUAAAAAAAAAUUUUUGAUACUUAAAAGUUUGCAGUCUUAUAUUCUGCGUUUAAAAAUGGAAGGAUUUAUUGAAGUUAAAGAGAUAUCAGACUUCGUAUCCUAUAUAAAGAGUAUUGAAUGGAGGGAUCCUUGGCUAAUUGCUCUCUUAUCUUUUCACAUCCUUGUAACUUUCACUUGUUUCUCCACUAGGAACUAUGGAAAUUUUCAAAUUAUACUCUUCAUUACAUUAUUACUUCUGGUAUAUUUCUCUGAGAGUAUAAACGAAGUCGCAGCAAGAAACUGGAGUCUUUUCUCAAGGCAGCAGUACUUCGACAGCAAGGGUCUCUUCAUAUCAGUGGUGUUCUGUAUACCGAUACUGUUAAAUUGUAUGAUUAUGGUGGGUUCAUGGCUGUAUCAAUCAACUCAACUUAUGACUAAUCUUAAGAAGGCACAACUCCGGCAGCGGCUCAAAGAACAGAACAUGCAAAGGGAACAGCAGAGACACAUCAAGAGGGAGUGAGAGAUGUUCAAACAUGUCCUGAUGCACACAGUACGCGAUAUGCCUUCAAGAUAUAUCUUAUGUAUACAACAGCCAUAGUGACGUCUGGUUAAAAACAAUUCAAUGUGUAAUAAAUUCUUUGCCAACGUAACGAUGUACUAACAGCUAAACGUUGUUAAUGUAUUAACACUACACGCUCUAAUUGGUUACAUUUGAAAUCGCUGCUAAGUUAUUUGCAUAUUUUGUUAUUCCUGAAUCCGGACAUUAAUUAUCUUCGAUAAUUAUUAAGUUUACAAGAUUCUUGACGGUUUCUGUUCUAUGUCAAUUAUUGCCAACGGCCAUAACACUAGUGCAAUACGUAUUGUAAGAUAAUGUAAGGUAAAAAAUUAUAAUAAAUUAAACAUCGCUCCUAA